AUGGCCGACCCCAGACUGGGAAAUCUACGCGGGGUGACCACGUUAUCAAGUGGCCAUGAUGUUUUGGACAUGCAUGAUCUGGACCCUGCGUUGAAUCUCAAGAUGCACCUCAUCAACGACGCCAUUGACGAAAUCGGAUGGACACCAUACCAUCUCAAAUUGUUUUUCCUGAAUGGCUUUGGCUAUGCGGUUGAUUCAAUGAUAACACUUUUCCAGUCCGUCAUCGCCGCCCAAGCGUUUCUAGAAUUUGGCCAGAAAGGAUAUGCCAACGGCUUGACCAUUGCAAGCUAUGUCGGAAUGCUCACAGGCGCCCUUUUCUGGGGCUUCGGAGCUGACAUCAUCGGCCGCAAAUACUCCUUCAAUAUCUCGCUCUUCAUCUGCUCCAUCAGCUGUAUUAUCGCCGGGUCAAUGCCUUCCUGGGAGUCCCUCGGAGUUUGGGUUGCAUUCAUCAGCUUUGGAGCUGGUGGCAACCUGAUUAUGGAUACAGCUGUGUUUCUCGAAUAUCUCCCAAGUAACAAGCAGUGGUUACUGACCCUUCUCGCUUGCUGGUGGGGAUUUGGACAAGCUAUCACAGGUUUUAUUGCCUGGGGCUUUAUGGUCCCUGACAAGUGGAACUGUUCCGAUGUUGCCACUUGUACUAAGGCGAAUAACUACGGAUGGCGAUACGUCAUGUUCACCGGUGGUGCCCUUAUUUUCGUCAUGUCUAUCCUCAGAAUCGCCAUCAUUAGACUACGCGAAACUCCCAAAUAUCUUGUCGGAAUUGGUAAGGAAGCUGAACUGGUCGAAACACUUCAGUACCUGGCUACGAAAUACAACCGACAAUGCUCCCUGACGGUAGAGCAGCUUGAAGCCUGCGGCACUGUUACAUCUGCGCACAGCAAAAACCGCUUCUCUAUCGGCGAAACCCUGGUUCAUGUCCGAGGUUUGUUUGGAACGAAGAAAAUGUCAAUCUCAACCGGGUGCCUUUUUCUAUCAUGGACCAUGAUCGGCUUGGCUUAUCCUCUGUUCUACGUGUUCUUGCCAACAUACCUGGAGCAGAACGGCGCCGUGUUUCAUCGCACUGAGUUCGAGAAAUGGCGAAACUAUACUCUAACGAACAUCAGCGGCAUCCCCGGACCUAUUGUAGCCGGCUAUAUGUGCAAUACCAAGCUUGGCCGCAAGUAUACUAUGGUCAUCGGGGCCCUUAUCACCAUGGCCUUCUUUUUCUCUUAUACGGCAGUCAAAACAUCGGUGCAAGAUCUCGUCUUCACCUGUUUUAUUGCAUUCUGCAUCAACAUUUAUUACGGAACGCUCUAUGCCUACACCCCUGAGGUAUUGCCGAGCGCUCACCGUGGCACUGGAAACAGCAUUGCCGUCGCGUGCAACCGCAUUAUGGGUAUCAUUUCUGCAGUUGUUGCCACUGAAGCCAAUACUGCGACAGCGGCGCCUAUUUACGUCUGCGCCGCGCUCUUCGUCGCUAUGGCUGGGGUGUCGGCUGCAUUCCCAUUCGAGCCGUAUGGCCACCGAAGUUCUUGA